CACAAUUCCGUCAUUUCUCCAUUCUCUCGAGCAUCCCCCCUCCAGCUCACCGCCCAAUGCACCAAUGCAUCCUUGCGUCUCCGAGUCAGCACAGCACUCGUAUACUCGUAUCUCGUCGCAUCCUUUGUCAAGUUACUGUACAUCUCUCCCGAGCGGCUCACCGAUCGUACAGCCAGCAGCCAGCAGUCAGCAGCCAGCAGACAGCCAGCCUCAGUCAGGCCCCGAAGACAAAAGCAGCAGCGCGCGUCAACAAACUGAUUCCGCUCGACCAACCUUGGCAAACCUCCCAACUUCCGGAGACGCCGAGACCCGAGACCACCGAGUCGGCCCUCUAAGGCCUCCAACGCCCUCUGACCUCACGCCCGACGCCUCCUCACGUCAACAAGCCUCACGCGCUCCGCAUCCGCAUCCGCAUUCGCAUCCGCACUCGCACUCGCACUCGCACUCUCCGACACCGCACUCU